UCCAUUCCUUCAAUAACCGGUGUUAGUUUUGCUUCUGGUGGUUCUGGUUUAGAUCCAAUAACACAGUUAAUAAUUGAUGAAGAGAAAACGAGAUCAAUCGUCUCUAACGCAGUGUUUGUCAUUUCCGCUGGAAAUAACGAUAUUGCGAUCACAUAUUCCUCAAAUCCAGCAAGAAACACUCGAUACGCUGUCUUCUCCUACACCAACAUGAUGGUUUCAUGGACUCAAUCAUUCAUGACGGAGCUAUAUGAUUUGGGAGCGAGAAAAUUUGCGGUUAUGGGAACGUUACCACUGGGAUGUCUACCAGGAGCAAGCAACGCUCUUGGGGGAGUUUGUCUAGAACCCACAAACGCAGUCGCUAGACUCUUUAAUCGAAAGCUUGCGACCGAAGUCAACAAUCUCAAUUCAAUGCUCCCAGGCUCUCGUUCGAUCUACGUAGACAUGUAUAGUCCUCUUUUUGAACUCGUCAAGAACCCUCUAAGAUACGGAUUUACUUCGCCGACGAGGCCUUGCUGUUGUUCUCCGGCGGCUCCGGUACCGUGCAUGGAUGCAUCUCGACAUGUGUUUUGGGACAUUGGACACCCGUCUGAGAAAGCUUAUCAGACUAUCAUCCCUCCCAUUAUCCAACAGAUCCAGCAAAGCUUCGCUUGA